CCAACGAACGUGCUGAUGAACGAGACAACCCUGAACACCAGAAGCCACUGAAACCCAGCCACUUACUUCCAGGUUCUUUGCUCGGGUCUAAUCCUACAAUAGUCUUGCCAAAGAAGGGCCAUUCCAAUUCCUUACCUUCUUCAGACGGCGAGCUACCCAUCUCACACUUCAGUUCCUUAGUUCCUUUUCUUGCCAUAUCCAAGAGCUCAGCCAAGCUCAGCAAGCUAAGAUUGAUCAGGUGCUACGGUGCAGCUUAGGGGUACUAGUAUCAUCCAUCCUUGCAUCCAUAAGUUACCAUGAUGAUGAAUGAGCAGCAUCCCAACAACAACGCCAUGAUGAACCAACAGCAAGCGCAACAGCAAGCACAGCAGCAGCAGCCGGCACUGACGUUCAGCCAUGCAUUGAGGCACGCCAUGACCCACCCGGUGGAUCCGACCAUGGUGCUGAGCGAUCAGGAACGGCACUGGGCCCUCGAACUCAAACGCGCCGUCACUCAGAGUGAGCGGUUGGAUCUGAAGCGUCCCCUCAGCGACUUGGAGUUGACGCAACACGCCAUGAUCGCCCGUGGCAAUGUUAUCGAGGCGCUGGUAAGGAUUGAAGGCAUGGAGCGAUUUCGUCGCGAAUACGACAUUCAAGAUAGCCUGGAACAGGGCAUGUACUUUAUUCGACAGUUCAUGAAGCAACAACCGGGCUAUAUCCUCCACUUUGACGUGAAUCCGCAAACAUACGAAGCUGUCAUGGUCUCGGACAGUGCCGCUUUCUCCCAGCGAUCUGCCUUUGGAGAGAACACGUCGGAAAAUGCCUGGCGGAUCUGCGUGGCCAGCAUUUACUACUAUCAUUUCGCACUGUUACCGACGUUGGCCACCAUGCGACGAGGGGUAUCCGCGACCGUCGAAUGCGACGGUGUUGGAUGGCACAACUUUCGGGUCGAGUACGUGUCGCGGUUGUUUGAAGAAAUGUUUAGCUACCUGCCGGUCAAAUUCCUCGAAUUGCGAGCCUACAAUACCUCCUUGGUCGCCAAUCUACUAUUCAGCAUGGCACGGCCCUUCAUGUCGGCCAGUAUGAGAAAGAGCGUUCAAUUGGGACAUCGAAUAGAAGGGUCCGAUAGCGAUACAGAGGGGCCACGACGGUUAUCCGAGUUUUAUCUACAACCCAACUUGGAAAUGGCACAGCAUCGAAUCUUGCAUCAAUUCCAAACAUUCCUCUCCAUUCGAUUGUACCACGAAAAGAACUUUCGAUUGUGUUGUGCUUAACAAACAUAUGUCAAGCAACAAUGCAACAAUGCAACAACCACUCAACAAAUCGCUGGUGGACAAUGUACAAAACAAAAAGAGCCAGCAUAGCACGCUAUAGAUAGUUAGUUGUUUCCCCUCGAAGUAGCUAGUUAGCUACCGUAGUAGAGGCAGGACCAGGCCAAUCGAGCAAAUCUUACUUGCAAGUCUAACAACCAAUAAGCUCGCGAGUUAUCAUACUAGUAGAACCACAGCGUUUCAAACAAUAUCCGAUUCUAGUUAGUAGUUAGUCC